UAAAAUUUUUUCAUUUAUUUAUCUAUAUAUAUUAUUAUUAUUAUUGCUGUUAUUAUGUUAUAUUAAUAAUUUAUUACACGUUUUUUUUAUAGGCUACGGUGCAUUAGGGUUAGUAGCGAAGGGAAUGACGAGAUUAAAGUCGAUAUUAGAGGCGGAGGAAGACUUGACGCUCGACAUGCUGGAGUCGUCUGCUGAACGACACCAUAACAAUCAUCACCUCCACAACGUUAGUCAGAGGAGACUCGCCGAUCUCUGGAUUGAUGAUUCCCACGUACCUCUUCUUCAUCUUGGUCGCCCCGGAGCAAAAGCAAUUCAGGCGGUCAAUCGCAUCUCAGCCUGGGCUCGUCAGGCAUCAAGAGCGAGCCCGCGGUGUUUUGGUGGCAACUUUGACUCCCUAGCCGGACGCCGAGUCGGAGGACAUGGACGAAUCGCCCAGACACUCACGAAUCGCCAUUUCGGUCUCCAACGGCGGCGGAGUGGGCGGCAAAAAUGGCGACUCGAAUCACUCGUCGAUGCGCAUCAAUUAGGAGCCGAGUUUGAUGAUGAGUUCGGCCAGCGGAAAUGGACGUCAACGAGAUGCUCAUGGAUAUCGGCGUCUCCAACAACGCCAAUCUCAUCGACUACUAGACGUCUCAGGCUAUCCGGAAGGAAGCGAAGAAGAAAUAGGUGUGUGCCCUUCGGCUUUUUCAUCAGCAACCCUUCUCUCCUUAUUGUGGUCUCUGGCUGCUGCUAUCCAGCUAUCCAGCUGAUGCUAUCCUGCUGCUAACGACCGUGUCAUCCAAAUCUAUAGAGAACCACACAACCGCAUUCGCACACACAUAACUCACCGUGUUUCUUCUGUUAAGUCACUCCCCGUGUCGGUGAGUGUGUGUAAUUGUCAUUUAUUUUUAAAGAAAAAAAACGCAGGUAACUGAUAAUAACGAUGUUAACUCACGCGUUGUUG